AUGGCCGUCGAAUCAUUCAACUCCGCCCUCGCCGCCGCGCAGUCCAAGGAGAAGUUCUCCGCCGCCGUGCAAACCGCCGCCGGAAAGGUCAACGCCGAUGCCUUGAAGGCCGCUGUCGAUGUUGUUCUCGCUGGUGGCGACGACGCCUCGGUCGCUGAUGCUGACCAGAGCGGAGCCCUCAAGUCCGGUUUCGAAUUCGCGACGGAGCUCGUCAAGGCCCUGCAGAAGGAGCCCGGGACUGAUGAUAAGCUGAAGUUGUAUGCGUUCUUCAAGCGGUCGAGGGAUGAGGAACCUGCUGAGCCUAGCUUCUACCAGAUCGAGAGCAAGUACAAGUACAACGCAUGGAAGGAAAUCAGCCAUAUCAGCCAGCAACGGGCCCAGGCUCUGUACAUCCAAAAGGUCAAUGAUCUUAUUGACUCGAUCGGUACCCAGUAA